UUGCUCACUUCAUCGUUUCAUCCUCCAUUUUUAGGGCGAUUCGUGAACAAGUGCAAAUGCUGAGCUCUAAAUAUGAAGUUUACAGUCUUAGAAAGCAGUGGAAGAUCGCAUGAGUUUGUAUUUACACGGGAAAAGCUUGGGCAAGAGGUUUUGGAUCGAGUUUGUGAUGAGUUAGGGAUCAAAGAAAAGAAUUACUUUGGCCUUAAAUAUCAUGUCAACGAUACUAGUGUUUGGCUGAAUCUUAGAAAUCCAGUCCUGACUCAGCUUAGACCACAUCUCACCGGAAAACAUCAUCGGCUUCGCCUUGAAGUAAAGUUCUUCGUGGACCCGCAAGAACUACAGCAAGAAGAAACAAGGAGGCACUUCUACUUCUGCCUCAAGUCACAAAUCUCAGAAGGAAAGUUCAACUUUACAUGGGAGCGGGCAGUACGAUUAUGUGCGUUGAUGGCUCAAACAGAAUACGGGGACUACAGCCACAAGAACAAGCGUUAUCCUGAAUUUCAGUCGCCCUGGCCUCGCGAGUUGAUGGACGAAGAAGUGGCCAAAGCUCACGAGGGUUUGAGAGGUACCCCUACCACUACUGCUCGGGACAUCUUCUUGAGUGAGAUGGCAAAGGAAGAUCUUUAUGAUGCAGAAACAUUUAAAGCUAAAGCUGGUGGCCAGAAGGUUGUAGUGGCCGUAGGAAGYACAGGACUWAAGGUUUUUGAGAGAAAGUCUCAUGGACAGCUCAAGCAGACGAUUACAUUUGAGAAUAUUGCCAAGAUGAAUUUGUCAGAAGAYAGACUUAUUCUUGUGAUGAAAAGAGCCUUUGAAGAGAGUCGCUAUAACUUUAUCCACUUCUUCUUACCUAAUAGUGAAGGCGCCAAAGCUAUGCAUAAAGCYGUCCUAGAGCAUCAAUUAUUCUUCUAUUCRUCYAARGUUCGCAAGUCAGUAGUUGAUCAUUACUUAUUGUCCAUGCCAUGCUGGGCACUUCCUGCCAAAUGGUUCACAAAAAUACCAGCAAAAGAGUUGUACCAUCUAGAUGUAAAGCUUACAAGAAGGCAGUCCUAUGACCACCACUAUGGAAAGAUUUCAAAGUCAACAGAGAACAUUGUUAAACAUGACUGGCUUCCAUUAUGUGCAAAGUGUCACGUUAAGGAAUCAAACACAUUAUUCUGUCCUUGUGGACAUAUCUUAUUGUGUUCUGAUUGUGCGGAAGGAGAAUCUUUCUGUCAACUUUGCAAUGAACCAGUUACAGGAACUCAAAAAGUCUUUUAUUCAAUGGACACUGAAGACAAUGACUGGACAUGCCAGAUUUGUAUGGAUGAUACUGUCAACACUGCUUUCUGUCCUUGUGGGCAUGUUUACUGUUGUGAAAGCUGUGCCUCUAAUCUGACCCACUGUCCACUCUGUAAGACAUUUGCUACAUAUGUGCAACGAGUACAUGUUGCAUUUCCACAAGAAGAUGAAGAAUCUGAGUCUGUUUGUUAGCAAAACAUCAUUAACUCUUGAACAAUGAGCUUAGUAAUAAUAAUUAUAAGCUGAAAUUCUUGAAAUUUUAAAAUACAACCUUACAACCUUAUCUAGAUCAAUUCAGAUAAUCUUGAUAGCCAUUCAUAAUAAUAAACUAGUCGUGUUUUCCUUACUAACAUUAUCAGAUAAAUUGAAAUUAUUUUUCUUACUUAUUCUCACUUAUUCUCAACAGCUUUAAGUUAUUUUGCAUAUUAUACUGUUAAAAAGUUGUAAGGUUACAUUUUAAUAGAAUGAAAUUUCCUGUGUAACAUAUUUUCCGUACUGUCCAACAAGUUGUACAUUUCACCGUGAUUUCAAAAUGUUAUUUAAGUCACUUGGGCAAACUUCACUCCCUAGAACGUUACUAAAAGUUGUAUAUAUUGUUAAUAAUUAUUAGGAUUCUUAUCAAUACAAAAAAAUUUAACAUUGAAUGGGGAAAAAUAGAAAUAGAAUAUUAUAAGUUAGAAAAGAGUGUAAAAUAUGUUUGUGUUGAAAAAAAGUUACAUUAAUAAAAGUAGUUUUAUAUACAA